AAUAAUCUAUGCGCGCUUGGUGACCUUUUAAAUUUCGUCGGCGUUUGUAAAUAUAAGUACGUACUCCAAAUGUAAACAGCAAUGGCGGAGAGAAAUGGUGUCAUGUCACGCACGGUGAUUUAUGUAAUUCUUUGCUUAAAUCCAGUCCUCUCCUCUAAUUUCUACUUUGUCCAUGACACUAAGUCAUACAAUGAUGCUGAGAAUUAUUGUGAAAAUUACCAGGGGAAUCUGGCAGUUCUCAACGCAGCACCGGAUUUGGACUGCAUUCCGCGCUCCGUCAAGUUCUGGACCAAGAGAAAAGAAUGCAGAUUGAAUGUUGACAAUUCCUUGUCAUGUACUAAAGUGAGCUUUUUCAUGAAAAUACUCGGAACACCCCGACCUUUUCUAUGUGCAACAGGGGAAGACACACCGGACUACUAUUACGAUGAAGAGAUAUCUGUCUGUGACAGUCUCCCAGAUACAACCCCUCUCCCGACAACUCCAGACCCCGCGGCUCCCACAACAAUCCUCAACUCGACCUACAGUAGAGAGUCCAAAUCUGAAUCCGAACUUGGAUGGAUAGCUGGUGUAGUGGUUGGAAUAUUGGUGUCCAUUGCGUUUGUUGCCUUUGUUGUGUUUAUGUUUGUGAAGAGAAGGAAACCAAAAACAAAGAGAGAUAACAUUGAGAUGAACGUUGAGAGCAGACAGUCAAACGGACAGAGUGGUCCUCUUACGGGAAGGAUCGGCACCGCACUACAAAAGUGUAAACAGAGAUUCCAAAAAUCACCACAACCGGAAAUAUACGAAGCUCCCGUCGUUAACAGACAAGAAAGAGUGUAUGACCAACUAUCGCGGCCGAUGCUUUCGGCGGACGUGGUUUAUGCGGAACCAGCUGCUGGGGGUAUAGAACAGGAUGAGUUAGGUUACCUCGUGUCUCAGGGGAGUGUAAGUAAGGACUACAUUUACAUUGACACACCCGACAGCGCGGAUAAUUCCCCACCCUCCCAGGGGGAGCUGAACUACGGGAAUCCUGUGUACGAGGACGUGGAUAAGAGAGAACUGAUAGCGGGUAAUUGUGAGAAACACAAAGAAGACUCAAAAACAAAGCAACAGGUGGCCAGUGGUGAUCAUACUCCACCCGCGAACAACAGAAAACAUGAAUAUCAGAACUCGCCAGCAAUAGGGAAAUUAUUGAAAAAAGAACAGGAGAAACUGGAUCAAAACAUACCAGAAUCUGCUAAUUCAAACAGUACUCACAAUGAUAAAUUGACUUUUGUCUCAGGGCUAUCAGAUUUUGUCACAAAGGACGACAGUGCAUCAGCCACAUCCGUGAACGAAAAAGAGGCACCCGCCAACACAAAGAAAAACAUUAAAGGCAGCAAUAUCAGAAACAUUAUUUCAAAGCUUCAAGGAACGUCAGAUGCAUGAGUGAUAUUUUAUUAUACUGAGGGUUUUUCCUCUUUGAUCACUUCAUCACUGUAACAAGGUGCUAUGUAAUAUAAAAUUACUUUCAUUCAA